AUGCAUCGCGCGCUGUCGUCAAGAUGGCUCCGGAGCGCAUUGAGCAUCGGCGACAGGGCCGCACUGGCUGAUGUGCCGGUGUAUCUCUGCCCGAGCCUCAGCGCCGCGAGCACGCGACAUACAUUUGCGCCGGCGGAUGCGCGUCGAAAGCUUCCGUACAGACAGCGCAGAUGCGUGCACCUUGAGACGACGCCUGCGCCCGAACCCGCGCUCGUUCCCGAGAUCGCUGCCGAACAGGCUCUCCCGCAAUCGUCGCCUACCGAACCACUCGAAACCCUGGCCAAGAGGCUGCCCACGGUAUGCUCGGGCUGCGGCGCUCUGAGCCAGACGACCGAGGCCGGGCAGGCCGGGUACUACGAUCUCGACCGGAAAGCAGUGCGGGAUUACAUCUCGCCCAAGCAGGAGGAGACGGAGAAGGAGGCGCGGAAGGAAGAUCUGGUAGUUGAGCAGGCACUGCAGAAUCUCGGGCAAGAGCAGCUCGAAGCGUUGGGGUUGGACGUUCGCAAGCUGCGAUAUGGGGAGGAAUUGGAGUCGGAUCGACCUACCAAAGGACCUUCGACUCAACGAGUCCCUCUCUGCGACCGAUGCCACAAACUCGUCCACCACCACGCCGGCGAGCCCAUCUUCCACCCGAGCGUCGACUCCCUCCGCGAGACCAUUGAAGAGUCGCCCUUCAAGCACAACCACAUCUACCACGUAAUAGACGCCGCCGACUUCCCCAUGUCCUUCAUCCCCAAGCUGCACCUCCUCCUCGAGGCCAACCUCAAGCACCGCAACCGCAGGAACACCUCCGGGCGCUACCACAAGGACCGCAGGUUCGACAUGGACUUCAUCAUCACCCGCUCCGACCUGCUGGCGCCCAAGAAGGAGAUGGUGGACUCGAUGAUGCCGUAUCUGCGCGACGUGCUGCGGAAGUCGCUGGGCAAAUACGGCAAGCUCAUCACGCUCGGUAACGUGAGAUGCGUGAGCGCGCAGAGGGGCUGGUGGACGAAGAACUUGAAGGAUGCGAUUUACGACCGCGGGGGCGCUGGGUGGAUGGUCGGAAAGGUGAACGUGGGAAAGAGUCAGCUGUUUGAAGCUGUGUUUCCCAAGGGCACGACGGCUGGCGUCUCCUUGAAGAACAACAUCGAGAUCUCGAUGUUUGCGACGGAGGACAGCGAAGAGUCUCGCUACCUGACGGACGACACCAACAUUCCUGAACCGCUGGACGUGAACUCCUUGCUGCCGCCUGUGAGAGCGGAGACGAACUACCCCGAAAUGCCCACCGUCUCUUCGCUUCCUGGCACCACGGCUUCUCCUAUUCGAAUCCCGUUCGGUAACGGGCGGGGAGAGCUGAUUGAUCUCCCCGGUAUCGCUCGAUCUGAUCUGGAGAAAUACGUCAAGCCCGAGCACCGCCAGUCGCUCAUCAUGAAGCACAGGAUCAAGCCGGAGCAGCACACCCUGAAGCCCGGACAGUCCCUCCUGCUCGGCGGCCUGAUCCGCAUCACCCCCGCCACCGAGGACCAGGUUUUCCUCGCCUACAACUUCACCCCGAUCCCGGAACACAGAACCUCCAACGAAAAGGCGAUUGAGUUCCAGGAGCAGACGAGGCAGGCGCCCAACGUCGACCAGCUCGCGGUCGAGGGCGCCGGCGAGAAGAUGAAGCUCGCUGGGACUUUCCAGCUCCGCCACGACGUCACAAAAGAGCGUGCGGGUCCCCUCACGCGCAAAGACGUCGGCAAGAUGAAGGUCGAGGAUCUCCCCUGGCGCGUGCUGGCCACCGACAUCCUGAUCGAGAGCGUCGGCUGGGUCGAGAUCGUGGCCCAGGUGCGCUUGAGACACCUUAUGGCAGGCGUCUCGGCGUAUCCCCCUCCCCCAGAGCCCGAACCUGUGGAGGAGGAUGACGAGGACCUCGACGGCUUCGCUAAGCUGGAGAAGGCGGCUAAGGCGCAGGCUGGCGUGCGCGAGAAGCCUAAGGCGCGCCCGAAGCCGAAGGAGCCGAAUUGGCCUGUCGUCGAGGUGUACUCUCCCGAGGGCAGGUUUGUCGGCGAACGUCCUCCUAUGAAUGGUUGGUUGUUGAAUAAGUCGCCCAAGAAGGAUAUCAAGAAGCGUCCUCGUAAGAGUAUGAAGGGUGCAAAGAAGGCGGAGAAGCAAGCUAGAAGAGAAGCUGCCGCCUAG